AUGGCUGCUUACGGCCUGCAACAUGUUGCUUAUGAGCAUCAUCAUCUUCUCCUUGCAAUCGGAGUGAUCCUCCUGGCGGGGGUGAUCAACGGCUGCUACGAACUCUUGUUCAGCCCUCUGAGAAGGUUUCCGGGCCCUAGAUUGGCUGCGGUCACCUACUUGCUUUCCGCAUAUCACACUGCGAAGGGUGACCAUGUGCUCUGGUUACAGAGCCUGCACCGUACCUACGGUGACGCUGUCCGGUUCUCUCCAGAUGAGCUGAGCUUCACUUCGGCGCAGGCCUGGCGGGACAUUUAUGGUCAUGCUAGUGGCGGUAGAAGAAGCACCGAAAAGGACCGCCGCUUUUACGGACCGACCCCUUAUGGCGCGCCGGAUAUCAUCCGUGCCAAUGCGCACGACCACUCGCGCUUCAGGCGGAAUUUUUCCCAUGCAUUUUCGGACAAAGCGCUCCGAAAGCAACAGCCCCUGAUCGCACAGUACGCGGAUAUGCUUGUCGACCAGCUGCAGGAGAGUGCCCGGGAGAACCCGGAGGCCAAUGUUGAGAUGGUCCGCAUGUAUAAUCUGACCACCUUCGAUAUCAUGGGAGAUCUGACCUUUGGAGAUCCGUUGAACCUGCUCAAAGGCACUGGGUAUAUGGAGUGGGUGGGCGGAAUUUUCGCCAGUGUGAAGGUGCUCUGCCUCCUGCGCGUGAGCCGUUACUACUCCUGGCUCACAGCGAUUAUGGCUCUUGUUGUUCCUCGCUCCCUGCGGGAAAAGGCCCGGGCGCACUACAAAGCCUGCAAAGCACGGGUUGAUUGGCGAGUCAAUCAAACCCUCGACAAGCCGGAUAUAUGGGGACUCGUGAUGGAGCAGAAGGAGUCCCUGCAGCUCAGCCGCGACGAGAUGUACUCCAACUCUCAACUGUUCAUGGUGGCUGGGACAGAGACGACCGCCACCGCGCUAAGCGGCCUUACGUAUCAGUUGCUGAGGCACCCGGAGAAGUUGCGGAAGAUCACGCAGGAGAUUCGGGAGGCAUUCAAAGACGAAGAGAUCGAGAUGACUCGGCUCGCGCACCUGAAGUAUUUGAACGCAUGCAUCGAGGAGGGAUUGCGGGUUUAUCCACCCGUGCCUGUUGGCACCGCUCGCCGGGUGCCAGAGGGAGGGAUGACGAUUUCACUCUCCGUGCACCACUGGGCGACAUACCGUAGCUCGGAAAACUUCAGGCGACCGAACGAGUUCAUUCCAGAACGAUGGACUGAUGAUCCGGAAUUCGCCAACGACAAUAAGGCCGUCUUCCAACCAUUCUCCUAUGGGCCACGCAACUGUUUGGGCAAGAAUUUGGCUUAUCACGAGAUGCGAAUUAUUUUGGCGAAGGUGCUGUACCAUUUCGACUUGUCACUAGCGCCAGAGUCGAUGGAUUGGGAUAAGCAGAAGGUGUUCUCGCUGUGGGAGAAAAAGCCACUGAUGGUGAAGCUGCAUCCACGGGUCUAG